AUGAAGCACUCUUCUGGACAGAUUAUGAACUAUGUGACAGUUGAUGCCUACAGGGUUGGGGAAUUCCCGUACUGGUUCCACCAAACAUGGACAACAACUAUUCAACUUUGCAUUGCUCUGGCAAUUCUGUACAAUGCAGUUGGUGCUGCAGCGGUCUCAUCAUUCGCUGUUAUUGUUAUCACCGUAGUUGGUAAUGCUCCAUUGGCGAAACUACAGAACAAAUUUCAGAGUAAGCUUAUGGAAGCACAAGAUGUGAGAUUGAAGGCCAUGUCUGAGUCAUUAGUUCAUAUGAAGAUCUUGAAGCUUUAUGCAUGGGAAGCUCACUUCAAGAAGGUCAUCGAGGGGUUGAGGGAGGUUGAGUAUAAGUGGUUGUCAGCAUUCUUGCUUAGGAGGGCAUACAACAGUAUCGUGUUCUGGUCAUCACCUGUUUUAGUUUCAGCGGCAACCUUUCUAACAUGCUAUCUUUUGAAAAUCCCUCUUGACGCUAGCAACGUCUUCACGACUGUAGCAACUCUGCGUCUUGUGCAGGAGCCAGUUAGAUCAAUACCAAUUGUUAUCGCAGUUGCAAUACAAGCCAAGGUUGCUUUCACUCGGAUAUCAAAGUUUCUUGAUGCACCUGAGCUGAAUGGGCAAGUUAGGAAGAAAUACCGUCUGGGCACCGAUUAUCCAAUAGCGUUGAACUCAUGCAGUUUCUCCUGGGAUGAGAAUCCAUCAAAACCAACUCUAAAGAAUGCAAAUCUGGUGGUCAAAGCUGGAGAAAAGAUUGCAAUUUGUGGAGAAGUGGGAUCAGGAAAAUCAACACUUUUGGCUGCUGUACUCGGAGAGGUCCCAAAAACUGAAGGCACGAUUCAAGUCUGUGGAAGAAUAGCAUAUGUUUCUCAGACUGCAUGGAUCCAAACAGGAUCUAUACAAGAUAAUAUCCUCUUUGGAUCUUUGAUGGACAGACAAAUGUACCAAGAAACACUUGCAAGGUGCUCGUUGCUCAAGGACCUUGAAAUGCUGCCAUUCGGCGACCUUACUCAAAUUGGGGAGAGAGGAAUAAAUCUUAGUGGUGGUCAGAAGCAGCGUGUUCAGCUUGCUCGUGCAUUAUACCAGAAUGCCGACAUCUAUCUUCUUGAUGACCCUUUCAGUGCUGUCGAUGCCCAUACAGCAACAAGUCUCUUUAAUGUCAUGGGUAUUCUAUCAGACAAGACUGUUCUUUUGGUGACCCACCAAGUGGAUUUUCUACCCGUAUUUGACUCCAUUCUGUUAAUGUCAGAUGGGGAGGUUAUUCGGUCUGCACCUUAUCAAGAUUUAUUGUCAGACUGUCAAGAAUUUAAAUACCUUGUAAAUGCCCAUAAAGAUACUACUGGUGUUUCAGAUCUUAACAAUAUGGCCCGUCACAGAGCAAAGGAUUUACCAAUAAAGGAGACAGAUGGUAUUUAUGGAAACAGAUAUAUAGAGUCUGUGAAGCCAUCACCAGUAGAUCAACUGAUCAAAACAGAGGAAAGAGAAUCAGGGGACGCAGGUCUUAAGCCUUAUAUCCUAUACCUGCGCCAGAAAAAAGGCUUCCUGUAUGCCUCCCUUUCUGUCAUGUCUCACAUAAUUUUCAUAGCUGGGCAAAUAUCACAGAAUUCAUGGAUGGCCGCUAAUGUCCAAAAUCCUGAUGUUAGUGCACUGAAGUUAAUUUCUGUGUACAUUGUUAUUGGAGUUUGCACGGUGUUCUUUGUGCUAUCAAGAUCUAUAUUCUUCGUUGUUCUUGGGAUGCAGACUUCAAGAUCCUUAUUUUCCCAGUUACUUAAUUCAUUGUUCCGUGCACCCAUGUCCUUCUUUGAUUCUACUCCUCUAGGCAGGGUUCUUAGCCGGGUCUCUUCAGAUUUAAGCAUCAUUGACCUUGAUGUUCCAUUUGCAUUGAUGUUUGGCUUUAGUUCCAGCUUAAAUGCGUAUAGCAAUCUGGGGGUAUUGGCUGUUGUUACAUGGCAAGUUCUGUUUGUAUCAUUGCCAAUGAUAGUUUUGGCAAUUCGGUUACAGAGGUAUUACUUAGCAUCGGCUAAGGAAUUGAUGCGUAUCAAUGGCACUACCAAGUCUGCUCUAGCAAAUCACUUAGGUGAAUCGAUCUCAGGGGUUAUAACAAAUACGUGCCUUUGA